AUGUACCCAUACAAGGUGCAGUUGGUGCAUGAAUUAAAGCCCAGGACUAUCCAGCAGCCUAAGGAUGUAAUUCGGGAAGAAAUUCAAGCACUGGAGCCAGACAUGUUAAGAGCUGCCAUGGAAAAUGCCUGGCGGCCCCUGAGCGAGGGCUGCCGCGCCGAGCUGGCGGAGAUCAUCGUGUACGCGAGGGUGCUGGCGCUGCACCAGGAGGUGCACGGCCUCUACAACUACCUGCCCUGGCAGCACGAGGCGGGCGACGCGGGGCUCUUCUACUCCGCCGAGAUCGAGAUGCUGUGCGACCAGGCGUGGGGCAGCAUGCUCGAGGUCCCCGCCGGCUCCAGGCUCAACCUCACCGGCCUGGGCUACUUCUCGUGUCAUUCUCACACCGUGGUCCAGGACUACUCCUAUUUCUUCUUCCUCAGGAUGGAUGAAAAUUAUAACCUCUUGCCUCAUGGAGUCAAUUUCCAAGAUGCCAUCUUUCCAGACACUCAAGAGAACAGAAGGAUGUUUUCCAGUCUUUUCCAGUUUUCAAACUGCUCCCAAGGGCAGCAACUGACAAUUUUCUCCAGUGACUGGGAGAUCCAGGAAGAUAAUAGGCUCAUGUGCUCCUCGGUGCAGAAGGCCCUGUUUGAGGAGGAAGACCACGUGAAGAAACUGCAGCAGAAGGUGGCCACCCUGGAGAAGCGGAACAGGCAGCUCCGGGACCGGGUGAAGAAGGUCAAGAGGUCUCUGCGACAAGCGCGCAAGAACGGCCGCCACCUGGAACUGGUGAACCAGAAGCUCAGUGAGAAGCUGGCGGCCACAGCGGGAGCCCUCCCGCACAUCAACGCCCUGGGCCGGGAGCCCGCAGGCAGCACCUACCUGCGGGGAUAGCGGGAACCCCACGGUGCCUCAGCCGGCACUGCUGGGCUUGCCUCUCCCCAGGGAAUGGGGAGUGAUGGCGGUGGUGGACGUGCACAUGUUUCAGAUCUUGUAGAAGAUAUUUUUACUAUGCAUUUGGUAGUGUCUAGCUGGUUUAAAGGGGAAUCUGUCCCUAUCUGGCCUGGUCCCAGACACGGGGCUUGGAAGUCCAGAGGUAGCAGGAUCCUGGCAGCUGUGUGCUUGCCUAGGGCCUGUCCUCAGCCUCCAGGAGCAGCCUGCAAAGUGCAAAUAUUGGGGAAAGAACAUUUUAGACUCUCUAGAUAGAUGAGACUUCAAGGAGCUUGGCCUUUAUUUCAGAAGAGAAGGCAGUGUGGUCUCAUCUCCAAGCUGUAGAACAACUGCUAGUUCUGAGGUGUGAUCUGAGUGACAUCAUGGAACCAUCUGGUGUCUCAUUUUCUAGACCUUUGGAAGGAGGAUGGCGGCCUUGCCAAGCACCCAAGGAUGCCUAUAAGUAACAUGCGCAGGGUGUCCCUACUCCAGCCAGCAUUUUCUCACAGCUGAGGCACGUUAGACUUCAUGAGCUUGGCAAGGUAAGGGAACUAGGUUGGGCAUCAGUUCAUUACAAAGAGAAAGUAUACCCAAUUUCUAAUACCAGCUUUAAUCAAGAGGGACAUGGCCUUUAUGGGCCUGUCAGGUUUCAUCACGCCACAUUCCAAAGUUGGAAAACCCCCAAUAGUAUCUCAGCCUCUUCUAAAUUUUAACUUACUGUUUGCUCAGUAAUUUCUUCCAACUUUUCCAAAUUUAAGGUGAGCUGCCCCAAUACUCUGUGGACUUCUGUAAAAGACACCUCCUUAUUGGGAUCACGUGACCUUACUUUAUUCCCAUCCAGGAUCCCAAAGGGCUUGUUCCAGGUGUUCAAUCUCUGGCUUCAUGCAGACGCUUUCUACCCACCAGGACUGACCUCGCCCCGGAGCAGUGUUUGUACAGCAGUCCCCUGUCGUGACUGCACCUGUACACAAUCAAACUCUUCAUCCCCUUGGGAUAGAAACCUUUAAAGACAGUCCUACAACUAAGAAGUAGAGGGCUCAGUGUACCUGACACUCGAGCUCUUGACUUAGGCACAUUCGAUCAAGUCCCAGUUGUGUUAGUAAGAGGUCAGUUGAGCGUCCUCUCUUGGUUACCCUCUAUUGCUGGACCUCCAAACCAAGUUUCCCUCCCCUGCUUUUCCAGAUGGAAGCUUCUGGCCUUUCGCUGGGGGAUUGGCUGCCCACAGACCACCCAAGACACUACAGGGCCUGAUUAUUCUGUCUUCUCCACUGCAGUUACUGUGAGAUUUCCAUCCCACUGUUCACCAGUGGGGAGUGGACCUUGUGCCACUUGUCUUGCGCCACUUAUCUCGGUGGCAGGCUCCUGCCUCAGGUACAACUCUGUGCCCUGGACUGAAUGGCAUUGGAGCUUUUUGCUCAUGGGCACUUCAUUUCCAAGCUUCUACCACCACUUUAUUAGCUGGAUGCUUCCUAGUGGGGUACAGCAGAAGGUGCGUCUUCUAGGUUCUUCUUCCUGGGGAUAUUUCCUUAGGGUGGUUUGCUUUCACUGAAGAGAAUGACAAGCCUAAGGGUGAUUCACAGUCGGUGUUUGCAGAACUGUGGAAGCUGGAUCUCUACAUCUGCACUAUGUUCUCCCUUUUCAAUAAAUAUGAGCAAUAUUUCAGCCAUAA